UACAGUAUCCGGCGUCCUCCUCCCCCUCCCUCCCUCUCGCCCCUCUGUCCUCUCCACUUGAGAAGAACACAAUAGAAAAAAGGCAAAAAAACAUUUACCUUUUUUAUAUCUAUCUGAAUAAAAUCAAGAAGAGGAAGAGGGGGAGAGGGCAGGGAGGGGAGAAGAGUAGCAAUCCAGAUUCAGAGAGGAUAGCAAUCAGCUCGCGAGGAGAGGAGAGUAAGAGCUGCGUUGGUGAAUUGAUUGCUCGCUGUUCCAGUCCUGCAUUCCUGCGGCAGCAGUUUUUGGCAAGUAGGUGGCGUGGCAAGCAUGAAGCCGGGCUAUGACUGCGCCGCCUCCGUGCUGCUCUGCGCGGAGGACAACGCCGCUAUUCUCGGCCUUGAUGAGGACGGGGAGGAGUCCUCUUGGGCGGGCGCUACGCCGCCACGCGACACCGUCGCCGGCGGCGGCGGCGGGAUCGCCGUCGAGGGAUUCUUGACGGAGCUCCCCCUGCAGUCAGAUGAGUACGUUGCGGCGCUCGUGGAGAGGGAGACGGGGCACAUGCCCGCGGAGGGAUAUCCCCAGAAGCUGAAACGGCGGCAUGGGGGCCUGGAUUUGGCCGCCGUCCGGAGGGACGCCGUCGAUUGGAUUUGGAAGGUCACUGAGCAUUACAAUUUCGCACCGUUGACUGCAGUUUUAUCUGUGAACUACCUCGAUAGAUUCAUCUCCACGUAUGAGUUUCCUGAAGGCAAACCUUGGAUGCCGCAGCUCUUGACAGUGGCAUGCUUGUCAUUGGCUAUGAAAAUAGAGGAGACUUUUGCGCCACUCCCCUUGGACUUGCAGGUUGUUGAGUCAAAGUUUGCUUUUGAGGGAAGGACCAUAAAAAGGAUGGAGCUUCUGGUGUUUAGCACCUUAAACUGGAGGAUUCAUGCUGUUACUGCUUGCUCAUUUAUCGAAUACUUUCUUCACAAAUUGAGUGAUCUUGGUGCACCCUCCUUGCUUGCACGCUCGCGCUCUGCUGACCUUAUCUUGAGCACUGCGAAAGAUGCUGCAUUCGUGGUGUUCAGACCCUCAGAGAUUGCUGCCAGUGUUGCUCUUGCUGCGAUUGGUGAAUGCAGAAGUUCUGUAAUUGAAAGAGCUGCUACUAGUUGCAAGUAUUUGGACAAGGAGCGAGUUUUAAGAUGCCAUGAAAUGAUUCAAGAGAAGAUUACUAUGGGAAGCAUUAUCCUAAAAUCUGCUGGAUCAUCAAUUUCCCCUGUGCCACAAAGUCCCAUUGGUGUAUUGGAUGCUGCUGCCUGUCUGAGUCAACAAAGCGAUGAUGCUACUGUUGGAUCUCCUGCAACAUGUUACCAUAGUUCUUCCACAAGCAAGAGGAGAAGGAUUACUAGAAGACUACUCUGAUUGCUUCAGGUGUGCUCCUCACCGCUUUAGGAGUUUUUGGUUGGUUCAAUCAUCUUAAUUUAGUGUGGCCACUCAAGGAUUAUGGUAUAGUCAAGUAGUUGCUGAAAGGAACAACAAAGCAGGCACACUACUUGAUCCAUAUAGAACAAAUAACAAGCUGCAUGCUGUGAGCCAGUUCAUGCAAUUGGCAUCCUCAAGGGGGAUACAAAACCCUUUGGGGUCCUGGGAUGCUGGUGUAGGUAUAGAGGGAACAAGGAAUUUGCAUAUGUUGUAGAGAUGAGAGCUCUCUCUUACCAUUUUGUACUUUUGCUCCUUCAAUUUGCAUUGAACUGUAGGCAAGGGUUGCCUUGGGCAUUGAACUUGUGAUGAGUGAGAAGAAUCCAAAAAGGGAUCAGCAGCGGAAUAGAACAAUUUGAUAUAUUUCAUCAAACUACAGAUAUGUUUUCUUUUGUUAAUCAUGAGUUAUCAGUUUGUUGACAGUA